AAAAAAAAGUAGUUCAAAUUUGAAGUUUAUAAGAAGUUAUAAAGUUUUGAAAUUAGUGAAACAUGUAGUUUCUCCUUUCGUGUUCCGGUUCUUAUGUCAAGGUAGCUUCCUCUCUAUGGUUGCGGGUGACUUGGCGGCGUUUUUUAGUUUUUACACUAAAAUUCAAAAUUUAUACUUGAAAAUGAUCCGCUGUUUGUACCGCGAUUUCGUUUGCAUGAAAAGAAUAUACUUAUGACCAAGUGAAUUGUUCAUAUUUGAGAAAAAAUCGUGGCGUAGAGUUUGUGAAUUCUGGAAGCGAACAUUCACUUCCUGUAGAAUUUUUCAGCAGACGCGUGUCAUCUAGUAAAGUAAAGAUGUAUGUAGUUUUUGUAUUUCUUAUUUGGUGUUAUCUACCUCGUUUUGUGCAAAGGAGAAAUGUGAAACAUGUAGAGAAAUAGUUAAAAAAUUUAAGGAGGGGAUGGAUAGGACAUCAGGGCAUAACUUUGGCGGUGGAAAUACAGAUUGGGAAGAGAGGCGACUGGGUAGUUGGGCUGACAGUGAAACAAGGCUAGUUGAUAUCAUGGAAAAUCUCUGUUCGUCUACCGAGUGUCAUUCAAUGGUGGAAGAGCACGAGGAAGAUUUAGAGACAUGGUGGUUCAAACAAAAGGAAAAAGAGUUAGAAACUUGGUUAUGUAUUGACACUAUAAGAGUUUGUUGUCCAAGUGGUAAAUUUGGCACCAAUUGUGAAGAAUGUCCAGGUGGAUCAGAAACACCAUGUUCAAAACAUGGAAAAUGCGAGGGCGAUGGUACAAGAACGGGGACAGGUGAAUGUGAUUGUGAUGAUGGAUACGCGGCCAAGUCGUGCAAUGAAUGUGAUGAAGAAUAUUAUCAAGAUAAAAAUAACACCACUGAGCUCAGUUGUCUCGAAUGUCACGAGUCAUGUGACGGAGGAUGUCAUGGUGGUUCACCGAAAGAUUGCGAGGGUUGCAAAGAUGGAUGGGAAGAAUCCGAAGAGCACGGUUGUACAGAUAAAGAUGAAUGCUCUUCAGGCGAUGUAUGCGCGUCUAGCAACUAUUGUGUCAAUACACCUGGUAGUUAUAAAUGCGAGGAAUGCGAUAAGUCAUGUGAGGAGAAUUGUACUGGUCCUGGAAACAAAGCCUGUUUAGCAUGUAAAACGGGUUAUACCAUGAUUGAAAACGAAGGAUGUAAAGACGACGAUGAGUGCUCUGAUGGUAAAGUCACUUGUGAAGAUGGAAAAUAUUGCAGUAAUAACCCUGGCUCUUAUGCUUGUCUUGAGUGCGAUAAAGCGUGUUCACAAUGCGCGGGCCCUGGUACAGAAAAAUGUUCAGCUUGUAACUCUGGUUUUGAAUUAACCGACAAAGGAUGCGAAGAUGUAGAUGAAUGUAAAAACACGAAAUUGUGUCCGGGUGAAAAUGAGCAUUGCAAGAACAUGGCAGGAUUUUAUUCCUGCAAGUGCGACUCCGGAUUUACAAGGAAUAAAGGAAAGUGCGUUAAAGGUAAAAAGAAGAAAAAGGGAAAUUCUAAAACGACAAAAGAUGAGAACGAAAAGCUUUUAGAAGAGGUUGAAGAAGGAAAAUAUAUACAAGAAUGGCAUUUAAAAGUCGGUUCUUUACUCUACGCCGUCUUCUUUGCGUUGUUAGUUUUGGCUUUUUCCCAACGCAGCGCUAUUGGCGUUAUUAGUUUGGUUAUCUUGUAUUUAGGUGUUUUGUUUGGUAUUAGAACUAGGUAUAAAGAUGCUAACGAGUAAAUGAGUUUAGAGAUUAAUAUUUAGAUUAUUUAAAUAAGUCUGUCAACAGGCAAGCCCUCGUUACACUGAGAUGUUUUUUAAUUGUAUGUAAUGUAAAUAUGAACAGAAGUUCGAGCAACUUUUAUUAUUAAACUAUUAAAUUUACGCUGACUGCCAUGUAUGCUUCGUGACGUCAUCAUUCGCAACUUGUUAAAUAUGGAUAAUGUUGAGCAUUUUUCCAAAAACCGAUUGUGAUUUGAACUUUCGAUGUAAAUUUUUUUUGUGAAACGACUGAUUUUUCAUCGCAAUUUUUUCUCAAGUAGGGGCAAAUAUGUGCUCAAAAUCUAAGACAUUGUCAAAUCUUU